CAGCCAGCGAGCCAGUCACUGCAACCACUGCUGCUGCUGUUGAGAUCCAUAUCUCCAAUAGAUAUCAAUUGCCAUUCAAGAGCCAAGCACGACCAUGGCGGCCACCGACCAUCGCAAGUCAGUUCUUAUUACCGGCUGUAGUCAGGGUGGAAUCGGCCACGCCCUUGCUCUGGCCUUCCAUGCUCGAGGACUCCGGGUCUUUGCCACGGCUCGAACCACGGGCCAAAUCGUCGACCUGGCGGAGAAAGGGAUUGAGACUUUAUCUCUGGUGGUUGACGACGACGACUCGAUCCUCUCCUGCUUCAGAAGCGUCGAGCAAUUGACCGACGGCCGUGGGCUUGACUAUCUCGUCAACAACGCCGGUGUCUCAUACGUGAUGCCCGCUUUGGACAUCAAGAUCGACGAAGCCAAAAAGAUCUUCGACGUCAAUCUCUUCGCCGUCAUGCGCAUGUGCCAGGUUUUCUCGCCUCUCCUCGUCAAGGCCCACGGCACGAUAGUCAUGAUCGGGAGCUUGGCGGGUGUGAUCCCCUAUGUCUUUGGCGGCGUAUACAAUGCCUCGAAGGCGGCACUGCAUGCCUAUGCCAACACGUUGCGCGUGGAGCUCGCCCCCUUUGACGUCAAAGUCAUCACAAUUGUCACCGGCGGCGUCAAGUCUCGCAUCGCCUCUCACGUCAAGCGCGUCUUGCCCGAAGACAGCCUCUACGCCCCUCUCGAGGAGAACUACCUGAGACGCCAGGGCCACUCCCAAGAGGGAGCCAUGCCGACUGCGGCGUAUGCGGAGAGUGUCGUCAGACAAGUCCUCCCUGGCGCCGGGCCGUGGCCCUGGAGGUGGUUGUUGAGGGAUGGUAGGAGGAACUGGAUCUGGGAGGGAAACAAAAGCUGGCUGGUGUACUUCCUUUCCGGUGGGUAUAACUGGACCGCCUUCUUCGACCGGUAUAUGACCUGGCUGUUCCAACUCCGGAGGCUGAAGCGGAAGGAGAUCUGAAUUCCCAAAGCGUGGUUCGAAGCCGGUCUGCCCGGCUUACGAUCACACAUCUGUGAUGACCAAGGUCACCUCAAGCUUUCCCACGAGACCCAGCCGUGCUGCACAGCGUCAAACCAGCAGAACCAUCGACUCCUCAACUCAAAAGAUCUCACCGAGCGACUGCUAGGACAAUAUACCGAGGCAACACACGACGUUCGCGAUCGACCGUAUAAGCUUAUCGACACUAAAUGUUGUCCCAGACCCUGAACCUCAGAGAGACCUCAAAGCAGCUUCAUCCCAAUCACGGAUCUGGCUUUCGAGCUUGGAGACAAGACAACAUGGCAUCGGACAAUUGUCCGUCAUGCUCUUCUGCCGGCCGUGUGAGGUGCCAAAAAGAGCUGAUAUCAUCUGCAGGUUUGGGAGCUUGAAGACCUGCACCUGGCAGGUAGAGAUUACGGGGUGGUUGAAGUGGAUUGCUGCCACUCACAUCGCUUGGAAGGACGCGACAUGGUAUAUAGAGACUCUUUGGAAGCAAUGAAUUACCAUCAAUGUUCUGCUUUCGUUACAAUGCUGAAGAAGCC